GGAAAAGAACGCAAAAUAACGUGUGCGCUACUUUUCGCACGUGUGCUAAUAAAUGCACAGCGGUAUGUAACGCACAGCGGUAUGUAACGCAUGCGCGCUAAUUAACGCACGCUCACAGCGGUAAGUAACGCAUGCGCGCUAAUUAACGCACGCCCACAGCGGUACGUAACGCAUGCGUGUUAAUUAGCACACGCAGCAUAAAACUGGCGCCAUUUUGCACAUUUGCCCUGGGAGAGCACAGAAGUGCUAGAGAUUUUUUUUUGGGUGAUAUUGGUGAUAUUGAUAUUGAUAUAGUUAUGGCAAGCAAAAAAAAGGUUGCUAAAAGGAGGGAGCACAUUGAAACACCUGCGGUGUCAGCCAGCUCUGGCACUGAUGCAGAAGAGGUGCUGCUUUAUCAAGGCAGCCCUGAUGUAUUAGAGGGUACAGAGUACCAGCCCCAGGAGGAGAGUGGUGAGAGCGGAGAGAGUGAGGAGGUUCCCCCCACCUCAUCAUCUGGGAAGAGGAAGAGACAGCAGGAGGGGAGGCUUCGCCAGCUCAAGUUCUCAGAGUUUGAAAACGAGGCACUGGUGGAGGGGCUGGUGCCUGUGUACCAUAGCGUUAUAGGCAAAUAUGCCACUAAAACGCCCACAGACAGAAAAACCAAAGCAUGGAAGGACAUUGCGGAGCAUGUUAACAGUGUGGGCGCAUGUCUCCGCAAUGUCCAUCAGUGUAAGAAAAGAUAUCAGGACAUUAAGAGGUGCCUGAAAAAAAAGCUGGCAGAGGAGUCCAGAUACAGAUCAGGAACUGGAGGAGGGCCUGCUAAGAGGGUGCAUUACACCCGUUAUGAGGAGCUGCUGCUGCCGUUCCUACACCGGGAGAGCGUGAGCGGUGUGUCCGGAACCUUCGAUACAGACCGGAAUGUUGGCCAAGGUGUUAAACAAUCUUUUUCUCAAACAGAUUCUUCUCCACCUGGGCCGAGCAGACGCAGACCAACGGCAUCUGCUCCCGUUCCAGGUGGUCGCUCCUCGUCUGGGCUCUACUCCCCACGCUGCGAUCCUGAAAUUGAAGGAGAGGGAUUUAGUGGGGAGGCAAGCGAGAGAGGGUCCCACGUCAGUGGCAGCGGCGUGGCCUUCUCCUCAGAUGAGGAGCCGGCCAAUAUUCCCCAGCAGCAGCAGCUCCCAACCCAGCCCACCGGAGAGAAUGUGGCCCCCAGGGAACAGGCUAAAAAUAGGUUCCACAAAUCUCUAAUUAUGCACCACAAAGCACUUAUGCGAAAAAUGGACCAACUGCAUGUCGACUUGUGUGUGGUCACUAAUGCCUACAAUGCAGGUCAGGCAAGGCAAGCCGCACACGAGUCGGCAAUGCUAAGCCUCUAUCAAAAUAGCGAGGCACGAAGGGCCCAACAUGAGGCAAAGAUGGAGAGCCUCAAGCAGGCCAGACAUGCUAAAAAAUCCCAACAUGAGGCAAAGAUGGAGAGCCUCAAGCAGGCCAGACAUGAACAAAAUCCCAACAUGAGGCUGCCAUGUUGAGCCUGCAGGAGGAGCUGGUAGAGCUUAAAAGACAAAAACUGGCUCUGUUGGCAGAACAAAAUGCUAGAGAAAAACAACAAAUUGCUGCACAAAAGCCAACAGAGCCCACAAGCUCUACCAGCGCAGCUCCCCCUCCUGCAGGUUCAACAAGGCAGCUUUGCAAGAGAAAAUAAAUUGGGCACGGUGCAAUUAGAGAUUUGUGGAACCUAUCUUUUAUUUGGCCUGGUUUUUUUUUUUUUUUCCUUACUUUCUUGCCAGGUGUUAACCCUUU